UGUCUUGAUUCGUGGCUGAAACAUCUGAGCAAGCAGGAAGAUAAUCAGAAGGCUAUCAUAAGGAUCAUCGUGGCCGUUAUAGAAGCUUUCCAUUUUGAGGUUGCUGAUGUUGGCGAGAUUUCGAAUGAGGAGGGCGCAAAUGAAUUACGUGUCACAGUUCGUGACAAACUUAAUAGGGAUACACUGCCGAUGCUUACUAGGUGCAUAAACGGAAAGUCGGCGGAACUCGGUGUACAUCGCAAAGCUCGUACUGCAACGACGAAGCACUACAGUGAAGAUGACGAUAUUCAAAGAGCUCCCGUAGCAUUAGCAACCGUCAAAUUAUUGCAGAAAGUACCAGACAGCAUUCGCUCACAGUACUUGCAUGGAGUUGUACUGAAGCUGUGUUCACUGAUGAUCUCACGCUCGAUGAAUGUGCGCGAAACAGCCCGCAAAGUCACUGUUCAAGUCUGCGAAUGUCUUGGCCCACGGUAUCUGCCGCUGAUAAUCAAGGAGAUGAAGCUGAUUAUGAAUAAGGGAUUUCAGUUAGCCAUGCCUUCCGAGGAAUUUUUUGGGAAGGUAGCUAAGAAAAGAUCGGAUAUGUUUUUUACAUGA